AUGUCAUCGUUGGGUAAGGCUACGAUGGCGCUCGUGGCGGGAACUCAAGAAACAACGCUCGCACUGGCAAAUCUCAAUUUCGACUUUUCAUUAUUCAGAGUAGAUGCUCCCGCUGAAUACAAGACGAUUGGGGAGCGGCUUUCCCCGCGACGUCGGGAUGCCGCUGAGACUGGAGCCGAACACGUCAUCGCUCGAAGACUCGGAGCCCUGUUUUCGGGCCAUAUUCCUGCAACGCCAAAUCUAAUAAGAGCCUACGGCAUCAGGGCAAGCGAGAUUAUCAAGUCUACAACUGACGGCUCUCAUGAAUCAUCACAUGGGGGCUUGUUUCAGGAAUGGACUGGACCAGAUGCUACUAGUAUAUGGGCUGCUGCGACUUCUGGCAACGGGGCCAUUGCUAUCCAUAUGCUUGCCUGCCUAUUGGCAAGAAUUUGGUCUGCAUCAGAGGCAGAAUCCAUCUGGGAUGAGAUCAUUCAGACCAGGAAGGAUGAACUGAAAAAAGGUGACCCUACUGAUCCAUUGAAGUCUUUUACCGAGCUAGCACAAAUCGACAUUUCGCGAGAGCAGGUGUCUGCUUGGGACUCGAGUGCGCGAGCAUGGCUAGAAAUAGCAGACAGUGCCAAACUCCGGCAGCAGAAGCAACUCCUCUUGCUUACCCGAAAAGCCAAAAUCCCUAUUAGCGGAAGCGGGGGCGUUUAUGCAAGUGUUAUGGAAGCCUGGCGAACGGCACUUGUAGCCAUGGAGAACAUGGUCUUGGGAAUGCCACAGAGUAUCCAGGAUGGUUCUGUCAUUCUAGCUUUGACAUCUUGGCAUUUGUACCCAGAUUUAUAUGCCCUGGAAGCAGGUCCAAACCGUAUCGCCCUGAACGAUGUCCUCAUACCACCAAGUGGGGUAGUCACUCUCGGACUAUCAGCGCACAGGUCCCAGGACCAGAUUGAGGGCGUACAUUGGUCUCUCCCAUUGGCUUUCCUCAAGUAUUACGGAGAUCCAGUUGCUUCGACAACAGUACUUGACGAAACAUGCACACGGCUUUCUUUAUCCGAAUUCUUCAUGGUUGUUCUCGGUUCCAUCUUCUCAACCUGGGGACCAUGUCGUCAUGACAUUUCUUCGGCAACCAAGAUUAUUUUUGAGAUUGGCGAAACUUUAAUGGUCGCCGGCAGGGGGACAACUACUGGCGGGACUGCCCGUCCAUGGCCCUACUUGCUCGCUGAUACCGCUGAGAAAUAUAUUUCAUCAUCGGGAAUUGAAAGAAAACAUUUCAAGAGUUUGAUUAUGCGCGGAAUUCGACGAUGCGACUCGUUUUUGGCCGACCCCAAGGAUCAUCCAAUGCCAUUCUUCGGCCUUGCAAAUGUUACUGUUCUCAUUGGUAUUAUCCCAGAUUCUAGUUAUCGCGUUGCACUAUUACGAGAAAUAGCCUCUGAGAUUCUCGGUGGCACUUCUGACAAUCUUCUCAUUCGAUAUCGCCAGCAUAAAGUUGAUUCAGAUAGCACGAAAGAAGACGAGGCCGAGUCCUUUUUUACGCUACAUGAACGUAAACUGCCGCAAAUCUCGUGGAUAUGGGAAUAUGCUAGUGCCCUCCCUAAAGAAACUCUAUGCAGGAAGAGAAAGCGGCAGACUCAACCAUCUGAUCUGGUACACUCUCGUUGGGUCGGAAGUGCCAGGCCGCUUUCCAAGAACGAGCUCUCGUUUGACCUUGAUGCUUUGGAUGCUUUGGAAGAAAUCAUUCCAACCGCAUCACCUUCUUUUACAGUUGGCGGAGCUUUACUCGGCUUGGAAUCUCGAGCUCGUUACGAGUUUGUUCUAGGCGAUCCUCACCACGCUGCUAUUUUCAAGUUGACCACAUCCGAAGUCGCUGGCUCAUCUCUGGUGGAGGCUAAAACCGUUGCCAAAGCCCUACACCAUCGUUGGGUUGAUACUGCACUUCUAGGGAUGCAUCUAGAGCUAUUAGAUGUAUCGCAUGAUAGUAAGGGCCCAUACCUGACAUCGCUGAGAGCUCUUGGCGCAGCCGCAGAGUCUUACAAGCUAAUGCCAACUGCUACCAUUACGACUGGCAUUUUUUCAACGCGUCUAAGUAAUGCUCUAUGGGUACUCGACUGCCAAAAGAGAAUGCUUGAAGUGGAAGCCUCGUCACGACCCCGGAGUGGAGAGAAUUCGCGGUGUCGUUCAAGCUGCCCGCCACACGAAAGUCUGUCCACUGAUCACGAAAGCGAAAGCGAAAGCGAAAGCGAAGAGUCUAAUGCUUGUACGGCUCCAAAAGUGAAUGUUCCUCUGAGUCAAUGGAUUAUGAGCAAGGGCUCACUGACUGCGUCGACCACUUUGGAUCCGAGAGUAACAUUCUCAGACCCAUGGGCGGUUGCUUCUGGAGAUGGCCCUAAUCCGCUCGGGCUUGCGGAUAACGCUAUGUAUUCAAUGGAAAUGGAUGAGGUGGAACAUUCCGUUACCUCUGACAAAGAAAUUAAACAAAAUCAGACGGAAAUUACCAGCUAUCUAAUGAGCCGACCUCAAUCAUUCGCUUGUAUCGCCAUGUUCGAGAACCAUGAUGUUAAUCUCGAUCCUCAAGGGCUGAACGAGGUUAUGGCUCUAUCAUCAGGUAACUCGAUCUACGUCGCUACGCCACUCAUUUGUGAUCCAAUCGACCAACCAAAUGAGCAUGAAAUCAAGCGUAUCGUAGGAAAUAUCGGAAAACCUGGAAUCAGCCUCAUGAUCCCUCCAAUGGACCCAAAGGUUCACAAAAUUGACGAAUCGAAAUGGAGCCACAUUAGCCACGUUCCCUUUGAUGGUAGGCUCGAUGACGCUUUUCAGCAUACAUCACUCCAUCUAUCGUUCACAAGAUACAAAUUACCCGUUAUGGUGGCCCAUGGCUAUCAGUCUAUUGCCGCCAACUUUGUUGAAACCCCAGUAUCUAUUUUCGAUCGAAAUACCUGGAUCGCCGAUCUUGAUAUCCUCAAAGCUUUGAAGUCACGUCAAUUAGAAAGGAGGAUCACCCAAUGUUGCGACCAUGAUGAGGCGGAAAGGACUCGACCAGCCUUCCCGCUCACUUCCAUUGACUCGUGGCUCGAGCUUCUGGACCUUCCACCUAAUGCAAGUGUCUUCCGAGCAAGAAAUAACUGGCUGGCAAGGCUGGCUGGUGCUGCCCUUGGCCUCCAGAUAGGUGCUCAUACUGUAGUUCUUCCAAGCUGCGAAACCGUUUGUUGGAAGUGUAUCGGGGAGUCAUGGAAGGGCGACCUGUCAUGUUGUGAUUUUGAUAACGAGCCAAGUUUGCCGCUCUUUGUUAUAUAG